AUGGGAGUAGAAGGCACGGAUGAAGGUGCUUCCGGAGCCCAGCACUCUCGGAAGUUAGUCAGCUUUACCCUAUCAGAUAUUAGAGCAGUUGGACUUAAAAAAGGCAUGUUCUUCAACCCUGAUCCUUAUCUAAAGAUGUCCAUUCAGCCAGGCAAGAAAAGUACAUUUCCUACAUUUGCUCAUCAUGGCCAGGAAAGAAGGUCGACUAUCAUCAGUAACACAACUAAUCCUGUUUGGCACAGAGAGAAAUAUUCUUUUGUUGCACUUCUAACAGAUGUCCUGGAAAUUGAGGUUAAAGACAAAUUUGCCAAGAGUCGUCCGAUCAUCAAGCGCUUUCUUGGGAAGUUAACCAUACCAGUUCAGAGACUACUGGAGAGACAUGCAAUUGGAGACCAGGUUCUCAGCUAUAAUCUUGGCAGAAGGCUCCCAGCUGAUCAUGUAAGUGGAUAUCUCCAAUUCAAAGUGGAAAUCACGUCUUCUGUUCACGAAGAUGCUUCACCAGAAACAGUUGGCACUUUGCUAGGAGUGAACUCUGUAAACGGAGACCUGGGGAGCCCUUCAGAUGAUGAGGACAUGCCAGCAGGACAUCACGAUACAUCCACAGUGUGUUCCAAUGGUCCAGUCCUCGAGGAAUCUUCUGGAGAAGCAAUCCUGAGACACCCUUUAAGGACUAGUACAACUCUGGAAACGGACCAGGAUGAUUUGACCUCUGGUGCUUCAAGAUCAUCGCCUACCAGAGGUCGCCAGGACUCACUAAAUGACUAUCUGGAUGCAAUAGAACACAAUAAUCAUCCCAGACCCGGGACAUCUGCCUGUGGUGAGCGUCCGCGUGGAGCCUCCCCAAAACUGAGGAGUAGCUUCCCUACUGACACAAGACUUAAUGCUAUGCUUCACAUUGACUCAGAUGAAGAGGAGCAUGAGCUACAUCAAGACCUGGGUUUUCAGUCUUCCUUGGAAGACGAUGGUGGUUUGGUAAUGCUUAAUGGUGCUACAAGAAAUGUUGAAAGAAAUGGUUUAAGUUACUCAUCAGAUCAGGUAAUGCAAGGGCCUGCAGAGAAUGAAAACGCUUCAGCCUCUGAAGUUCCUUUGCCAUCAACUGAUGACCAGCAAGAGACUCUCCCAGAGCUUCCACGAUCACAGUUAGCAGGAGGUGAAAGCCUGCAAGGUUCUCAAAGUGAAGCACCAGCAGACCAGGCUGGCAGUGAGUCGUGUGCCGAUCAGGAGGCAGAGCAGGCUCCUAGCAGUACGGACGCAGGAGCUGUCAGUGCUGCUGCCGGGAGCAGAAGGGGUGUUAGUGAAACGGAAUCCAUUGAUCAAGGGUCUGAACCUUCCCAGAUGUCAUCAGAAACCGAGCAGAGUGAUCCUGCUCGCACGGAAAGUGUCAGUGAGGCUAGUACCCGGCCAGAAGGGGAGAGUGAUGUGGAAGGGGCAGACAGUUCUUGCAAUGAAAGCGCGACUGUGCGACGUUCCUCAGUUGAAAUGCGGUGUUCUUUUGAAAGUGCCAGGUUUCCUGAGACUCCAGCCUUUUCUUCUCAGGAGGAGGAAGAGGGAGCUUGUGCCACUGAUGCAGCUAGAAUUGAGCCAGGUGCUGAAACGCAGGACUCUGCAAGUGCUUCUGGUUCUCUACCUGCGGUACAGUUACCUCUGGAGCAAGUACUGGAGGCUGAGGCAGGUGAAUUACAAGACCAAGAGGAAGCAGAAGAAAUCUGGCAAAGAAGAAGAAGCCUGCAGGCGGCAGCUGCCAAUAGUCAGUCUCAGGAUGAAGAAACUGAAGGAGCCCAAGCAGCUUGUGAAGGUGCCACAGCACAGGUUGAAGGAGCUACUGGAGGUUCUCAAGCCAAUGGCCAUCAGCCCUUGAGGUCGCUGCCUUCGGUACGUCAAGAUGUCAGCCGGUACCAGAGAGUGGAUGAAGCUCUACCACCAAACUGGGAGGCUCGAAUUGACAGCCAUGGACGGAUUUUUUAUGUGGACCACGUAAACAGGACAACAACAUGGCAGCGACCCACAGCUCCCCCAGCCCCACAGAUUCUCCAGAGGUCAAAUUCCAUACAGCAAAUGGAACAGCUGAAUCGCCGGUACCAGAGCAUCCGAAGAACCAUGACUAACGACAGGCCUGAAGAGCAUACAAAUGCCGUGGAUGGAGCUGGAGAGGAAACUGACUUUCACCAUUCUAAUGCAGAUUUUCGAAGAGAGAAUGUGCUGCCUCACUCUACCUCCAGAUCCAGACUUACUUUAUUGCUCCAGUCUCCCCCUGUGAAAUUCCUUAUCAGCCCAGAGUUCUUUACAGUGCUGCAUUCUAACCCUAGUGCCUACCGCAUGUUUACAAAUAACACGUGUUUGAAGCACAUGAUCACCAAAGUCCGGCGGGACACCCACCAUUUUGAGCGCUACCAGCAUAAUCGUGAUUUGGUGGGCUUCCUCAACAUGUUUGCUAACAAACAGCUGGAGCUGCCAAGAGGUUGGGAAAUGAAACAUGACCAUCAGGGCAAGGCUUUCUUUGUGGACCACAAUUCCCGCACUACCACGUUCAUUGACCCCCGGCUCCCCUUGCAGAGUAGCAGGCCCACUAGCGCGUUAGUCCAUCGGCAGCACUUAACUAGACAACGCAGCCACAGUGCGGGUGAGGUCGGAGAGGACUCUCGUCAUUCAGGACCACCAGUUUUGCCAAGGCCAUCUAGCACAUUUAAUACAGUCAGCAGAGCUCAGUACCAGGAUGUGGUUCCAGUGGCUUACAAUGACAAGAUUGUUGCAUUUUUGCGGCAGCCCAAUAUCUUCGAAAUUCUACAAGAGCGUCAGCCAGACCUUACCAGGAAUCAUUCACUCAGGGAGAAGAUCCAGUUCAUCCGGACAGAGGGCACACCUGGGUUGGUGCGUUUAUCCAGUGAUGCAGACCUUGUCAUGUUACUCAGCUUGUUUGAGGAGGAGAUUAUGUCAUACGUGCCGCCACAUGCCUUACUUCAUCCUAGUUAUUGCCAGUCCCCAAGAGGCUCGCCUGUGUCUUCGCCUCAGAACUCUCCAGGUACUCAGCGUGCCAAUGCCCGAGCUCCAGCUCCUUACAAAAGAGAUUUUGAAGCCAAGCUGAGGAACUUUUACAGGAAGUUGGAGACUAAAGGAUAUGGACAAGGCCCAGGGAAAUUGAAAUUAAUCAUCCGGAGAGAUCACUUGCUAGAAGAUGCCUUUAACCAGAUCAUGGGCUACUCAAGAAAAGACCUGCAGAGAAAUAAACUCUAUGUCACAUUUGUUGGGGAAGAAGGGUUGGACUACAGUGGACCUUCACGAGAGUUUUUUUUCCUGGUGUCUAGAGAGCUCUUCAAUCCAUAUUAUGGUUUGUUUGAAUAUUCGGCCAAUGAUACCUAUACAGUACAAAUAAGUCCCAUGUCUGCUUUUGUAGACAAUCACCAUGAGUGGUUCAGGUUUAGUGGUCGAAUUCUUGGUCUUGCUCUGAUACAUCAGUAUUUGCUAGAUGCCUUUUUUACACGACCCUUUUAUAAAGCCCUCCUCCGAAUACUCUGUGACCUGAGUGACCUGGAAUAUCUCGACGAGGAGUUUCACCAGAGUUUGCAGUGGAUGAAAGACAAUGACAUACAUGAUAUCCUAGAUCUCACAUUUACUGUAAAUGAAGAAGUUUUUGGGCAGAUCACAGAACGGGAAUUAAAACCAGGAGGUGCCAACAUCCCAGUCACUGAAAAGAACAAGAAAGAAUAUAUAGAAAGAAUGGUGAAAUGGAGAAUUGAGAGAGGAGUUGUACAACAAACAGAAAGUCUAGUUCGUGGUUUCUAUGAGGUGGUUGAUGCAAGGCUUGUGUCUGUGUUCGAUGCCAGAGAACUGGAACUGGUUAUAGCUGGAACAGCAGAAAUUGACUUGAGUGAUUGGAGAAAUAAUACAGAAUACAGAGGAGGUUAUCAUGACAAUCACAUUGUAAUUCGGUGGUUCUGGGCUGCUGUGGAAAGAUUCAACAAUGAACAACGACUAAGACUUUUACAGUUUGUUACAGGCACGUCCAGCAUACCUUAUGAAGGAUUUGCCUCUCUACGGGGGAGCAAUGGUCCAAGAAGGUUCUGCGUAGAGAAGUGGGGGAAGAUCACUGCUCUUCCAAGGUACAACACUUGCUUCAAUCGUCUGGACCUUCCCCCUUAUCCAUCAUUCUCUAUGCUAUAUGAAAAACUGUUGACAGCAGUUGAAGAGACAAGUACUUUUGGACUUGAGUGA